UUUGGAACCAAGGAAUGGAACUAACAUGCGACAGUCUGUCAACUGAAAGUUUCAUGAGUUCGCUCCUUUGCCCAGAUCUUGGCGAACAGUCCCUUACCGUGUGAUUGUGGCUCAGAAAUUAUUUUUCUUUUGGUGAUGAUCGUGCUGGGCUGGAUACUUUUUGUUGGCUUUGCGUCCUACAUGGGCACAUUUCCAGAGGCGAUGCCUCCAACUCUAAAGUGGAAAGAGAGGUUGCCUGGUCGGGAGAACAAGGCACGAAGAAGGAUCCAAGUUUUGGAGGAAGAGCUGCUGCUAUGAGUGAGUCAGGAACGAUGUGGAAGGGAUAUAAAUAUCCCCCAGGAGGGACCCCUCUGGAAGUAAACAAAGAUGACCCUGGUGAACCCAUGCAGCUGUGAAGAUCACCCAUCUGCACAGUUCCUGUUGUAGGUUUCCACAUAAAGUAAUCGCAC